CUCCGUUCCUCUCCGACGGCGCUAAGCCGCCACAAAAACUUUCGCCAAGCCUGUGGUUUUCUGGCAGACCUUCGCUUUUAAGCCCUGUUGCUGCUGCCGUCGUUGACUUCCUCCUUUCCCCCCCCAACCCAGAAGUUCCCUUCCUCACUCUCCUCUCUCCCCUCCUCAUCCCACCCCACAAGAGUCGUUGAUCCGCUCUUUACCCCUCCUCACAUCACCAGUCCGAAUCAAAAAACACCGCCAACAUGUCUGAGAAGAAGCAAUCCAACUUCAUGAUUGAUUUCAUGAUGGGCGGUAUCUCCGCUGCGGUCUCCAAGACCGCCGCUGCCCCCAUUGAGCGUGUCAAGCUCCUCAUCCAGAACCAGGAUGAGAUGAUCAAGCAGGGACGUCUCGACCGCAAGUACAACGGUAUCUCGGACUGCUUCAAGCGCACCAUGGCCGACGAGGGUCUCGUUGCCCUGUGGCGUGGAAACACCGCCAACGUCAUCCGUUACUUCCCUACCCAGGCUCUGAACUUCGCUUUCCGUGACAAGUUCAAGGCCAUGUUCGGUUACAAGAAGGACCGUGAUGGUUACGGCAAGUGGAUGGCCGGUAACUUGGCUUCCGGAGGAGCUGCUGGUGCCACCUCGCUCCUCUUCGUCUACUCGUUGGACUACGCCCGUACCCGUCUGGCCAACGACAACAAGUCGGCCAAGACCGGUGGUGCCCGUCAGUACAACGGACUCGUCGACGUCUACAAGAAGACUCUCGCCUCUGACGGUGUUGCCGGUCUUUACCGUGGUUUCGGUCCUUCCGUCCUCGGUAUCAUCGUCUACCGUGGUCUGUACUUCGGUAUGUACGACUCCAUCAAGCCUGUCGUCCUUACCGGCAAGCUUGAGGGCAACUUCUUGGCCUCGUUCGCUCUUGGAUGGUGUGUCACCACUGGUGCUGGAAUCGCCUCCUACCCUCUCGACACCGUUCGUCGUCGCAUGAUGAUGACUUCCGGUGAGGCCGUCAAGUACAACUCCUCCAUGCACGCUUUCUCCUCGAUCGUCAAGGCCGAGGGUGUUAAGUCGCUCUUCAAGGGUGCUGGUGCCAACAUCCUCCGUGGUGUUGCUGGUGCCGGUGUGUUGUCCCUGUACGACCAGGUCCAGCUCAUCCUCUUCGGAAAGGCUUUCAAAUAAGCGGAUCGCCAAAGGUGAAGGUUGAGUCGGUGGUGGGUGUUCGGGUGCCGUGUUGCUUGGGGACGUAGAUAAUGCUUUGGGAGAGCUUUCAAAAAUGGGAUGGGGUUUGUUUCGACAAUUUACUGUUGUACUUUAUGCGGGGCAGGUCUUUUCAUAGGGGGAAGGGGAGUGGGAAUCAUCUACUAUAUUAGGGAUGGAGUCAAAGGGUUGUGUUGUCUGUCACGCAUAGUGUGUGUGCUUUUGUAGAAAAAGGUUUCCUCUUCCAUGACAACCCACCCAUAGCCUUCAUUCACUCCAGUUACUAUUUUUUUUUCUUCCGGUAGUACUCCGUCUUUUGCCUGUCGGGUUUCUUCGUUCAUUCGGCUUUUGGGGAUUCUUCGAGAGCGCUGUUUUCGGUUUUGUUGGGUUGCCGGUGCAAAAUAGAUGACAUCUCGCUUUAACUUUUCACGUUUCCAUGUGAAGCUGGUAUUUAUGAAAGAG